AUGAGCGUCUCCCGUGUGGAUGAAGUGUCUGUCCUUCUGGGGGCUCAGAACCGUACAGAUCAAUCCCCUGACGACAGAAGAGAAGAAGAUGACAGCAGCUCAGGCUCAGAAUCAGAUUCGGAGUAUGGUGCUGAGGAUGAAGGUGAUGAAGAGGAUCCACGGGUACUCCAAGAGACCAAGGUCCAAGAGAUAUUCGAAAAGAUCAAAGCGUCUAAUGAUCAGGAAAUUGUAGUCGAUGGGCUUGACCUGUAUAAAAAGCAGGAUCGCGACAAAUUUAUGGAGAUGAAUAAGGCAUAUCUCGACAAGGAAAUAACUCAGAAGAAACGGAAUCUUCUGCAUCUCUUUGCCGAUGAGAUGUCCGAGCAAAAGUUUGCGACAAAAGUCAAGAGGCUCAAGAAGCUAAUCAUGGACCUGACGCGACUCUCGGCAAACCUGCUGGCAAAGAAAGACGCCCAUGGGAAUACCCCCGUACACUCUGCACUCCACUGGGGCAACGCGAGGCUGGUAAGAUACAUGUGCGAAGCACACAAGGAUGCAGAUAGCAUUUUGAGAAUACCCGUCGCAAAAUCAGGGAAAGAAUCGGGCAAUUGCCUCCAUCUGGCCAUUAAGAACGGCGACCAGUUCAAGGACGAAAGAACAGGUCUUUUGGAUUUGCUCAUCAAGAAUUCCAAAAAGGAGACUCUCUGCGCUGCCGAUGAAGAGGGUUUCACGCCUCUUCAUCUCGCUGUUGCAGCUCCCAAAUGCGAUGACGCUCAAUUGGCAACUGUCAAAGCGCUUGUGGAUCAAUGCGAUGAAGCAUUGGACAUCAUGUGCAAGUAUGGAGGAAAAGACCUUGUCUCCCCCUACCGCUAUCACUUAUUGACUCAAGAAGUCCUCAAUAAACAACGUACAGAGUCCGAAAAGACAAGCACAAGUAAAGAAGGCUCCGAGAUCAAAGGGGGUGGUCCAUCUCAGUCGACGCAGAAAGAUGUCAAAAAGUCUGACGCGCCAGCACCGAAAUCCAAACCACAACCAACUUUGCAGGAGACAAGGAACCAUGUUCCGUCCAGAUCCAUACAAGCUGACCAAAUGGCUGCUCCAACAAGCAAUAUUCCUCUCGCUCGCCAACCUACUUUGGAACUGGGCACAAAGGUGCAGGGAGUGAAAAAUGGUGUCACUCCAUUGACACCAGACACGGACAAGAAGAAGACGCCUAAGAGGCGAAGGCAAUUUGCCAAAGCAGAGCCUACUACGGCCAGCAUUUCAGCAAUCGGGCAGUACCUGAAAGAAUAUUGCUUGCGAACGCGACGUCAUGACAAAGCAGUAGAGCUACUGUAUGGUCUUCGCCAAGACAAACAAAUUUAUUUCGAUCUUUUCGAUCUGAAUGGAGCUAGUCACAACUGGACCAGAACUGGGUUCGUCGAGGGUUUGCGUCAUCUGGUGUUUGAAGACGUGCUGCAAUAUGUUGCGCUACCACAGCUCAAUGUGGAGGAGGAAAUCCCAAUGCCAAACCGGAAAACGGGGCAACGACCGCCCAAGCCAGAUGGAAACGGGCGGGUAGACCUCAAGACUCUCUUCACGUGGUUGAAAGACAUCAAGAAGGUCAAGGCCAUUUUCAAAGUUAUCGUAGAUGAUCUCAAUGAGCCUGCUCACAGAGAUGAGGCUAUUGAAUCAUGCUUUGAGGGAAUCAAAGGGAUUGAGACAUGGGACUGGCGGAAGUUCGACAUCUCCCCAGAAGUCAUUCAAAAAGUGGCGCCUCAUGUGAAGGUCGUUCACCUGUACUGGAGUGGAAACAAUGCUACAUUGCGUGCUUGGAGUGAGGAGCGUGGCAUCCGCCGACUCGAAAAGCUAGAAGUAGUGCAUCUUCACGGCAAGCAGGGGCUAGAAAGCAAGAGUCGAAUGAAAAGGUCCAUCAAGGAAUUCAAGUCUGAUGUGGAAACCAACACUCAAAUUAGAGUCGAAGACAAGGAGAUCCAAAGCGAGGCUGCCAAAAAUGCCGGCAGUGACACUGAUGCAGUCAAAAAUGUACAUGAACGGCAUAAAUGGGUCACGACUAUGGAAGAAUUUGCUGAGUUUUUGCAAAACGCUGAAGCCAACGCCGACCCAAGACUGGAGCUGCUACGUCCGGUCAAGGUGGCAUUAAUAGACGACGGUGUAGAUAUCAAUGAUCCGACCAUACGGACCAAGGUCUUUGACGGGAGGAGUUUCUGCCACAGGGAUGAAGAGGAGAAUCUGAAUCAGCCCUACUAUGUGUCUGGUGGCGGGCACGGAACCGCGAUGGCAAGCUACAUCUGCAAAAUCUGCCCCAACGUUCAGUUAUACGUCUUAAGACUCGAGGAAAAAGCCUCAAUAGAGCCUGGACGAAGAAACAUCACUGCUGAUAGUGCAGAAAAGGCGGUCACGGCCGCAAUUGGAGAAGGGGUGGACAUCAUAAGCAUGUCCUGGACAAUAAAUAGAACCAGCGACAAUCACGGCAGCAUCGAAAAGCUCGAAAAAGCCAUAGCUAAAGCCGCACAGAAGAACAUACUAAUGUUCUGCGCCGCUACUGACCAGGGGCCCGUCAAAGAUACUUCGUACCCGGCAGCAACGGCACUCACGAAGAACAUUUUCAAGAUUGGCGCCGCCGAGGCCUCGGGCCAGGCCAUGACGUGGCUUGGGGACCCUAACCUGGUGGAUUUCAUCUUCCCGGGUCACCAGGUCAUCAAGGAGCGGAGUGACGAUCCGAGCGUGAGAAUUUAUACGGCCUUGGCCGGCUCCUCCGUUUCCACUGCGCUUGCUUCUGGGCUUGCAGCGGUGAUGCUCUACUGUGUGCAGCUCUCGGCGAUGGCUAGCAGCCAAGGACGAUCGACUCCAGAUCUCAGCCGAUACAUGUCUCUCAAAAACCAUCAGAGCAUGAAGAAAGCCUUCCUCCAAAUCGGUACUACUCCUGAAAGCAAAAACAAGUUCAUAACAGUCUGGGAACGGUUUGAAAAUCCUGUCCGAGGUGCCGACGAAAGGCCCAGUCGUCCUAAGAUUGACUUUGUGGUUGAUUUGGCCAAUGCAUUGACUUGGAAUGCCUCAUCUCGCUAA